AUGCAAUAUAUUCCAACACAAAAAGAAUCGCACAUAUUAUGUUGUAUAUGUGGUGUUUUAAUAGCAGCCAAUCCAUCAAAUAUGUGUGUGGAUUGUAUUAGAAGUCAAGUUGAUAUUACAGAAGGAAUACCCAAACAAUUGAUGGUACAAUGGUGUAGAGGAUGUAAUAGAUAUCUACAACCACCAAAUCAUUGGGCAGCAUGUGAAUUGGAGAGUAGAGAAUUAUUGACAUUGUGUAUCAAACGUAUCAAAGGUUUAACCAAAGUAAAGUUGGUUGAUGCCGGUUGGGUAUGGACUGAACCACAUUCUAGACGUCUCAAAGUUAAAUUGACCAUUCAAAAGGAAGUUUUUGCAUCUGCCAUUCUUCAACAAGUAUUUAUCGUUGAAUUUGUUGUCUCUGGUCAACAAUGUACUAGUUGUCAACGUCUCGAUGCCAAGGAUACAUGGAAUGCCGUCGUUCAACUCCGUCAAAAGGUAGAUCACAAACGUACAUUCCUUUUCCUCGAACAAGUCAUCCUCAAACACAAUGCUCAUUCGCAAGCACUAAACAUCAAGGAACGUAGUGAUGGUCUAGAUUUCUAUUUUGCCAACAAGAAUCAUGCAUCUAAAUUUGUAGAAUUCAUCUCUGCCAUUGCACCUGUGCGUUCAAAAAAAUCAGAGCAAUUGAUUUCUCACGAUGAACAAAAUAACACUGCCAAUCACAAACACUCGAAUUCCGUCGAAAUCGUUCCACUCUGCAAAGACGAUCUAGUAUGUUUGCCACCAAAAUUAAUGACAUCGCUCGGUGGUAUCGGUCCAAUUGUACUAGUCACCAAGGUAUCAAAUGUAAUCCACAUUAUCGAUCCCAACUCGUUGCAAACAGCCGAAAUCUCUUCCACUAGUUUCUGGAAUACUCCAUUCCGUGCCAUCACUGGUUACAAGCAAAUGAUUGAAUUCACCGUACUCGAUGUCAGUCUUACAGGCGAGAGAAAAGGAAAGUUUGCUUUGGCCGAUGUUCAAUUGGUGCGUAGCUCUGAUUUUGGUGUCAAUGAUAAUACAUUUUUCGUUCGUACACAUUUGGGUCAUCUAUUUAAUGCAGGUGAUCUUGCACUUGGAUACGAUCUUUCAACUGCCAUUUUCAACGACUCUGACAUGGAAGCAAUCGGAAAGCAUCGUAGUGCAAACAUUCCAGAGAUUGUUUUGGUUAAAAAGACUUUCCCAGUGACCGAUCUCAAACAACGCCAUUGGACCAUCAGAAACAUGAACAAGGAAGGUCAAGAAAACAUCAGAAAGAACGACGUUGAAAAGGCUGAACGUGAUCAACAAGACUUUGUCAGAGAAAUUGAAGAAGAUGCCGACAUGCGUUCAAAGAUCAACAUUUACAAACAAGGAAACGCUGCAGAGAUUCUCAAACAACGUAUCAAACAUAAAAAGGAUUCCGGUUACGAAGAUCAUGAAAUCAAUGAAGUCACUUUGGAAGAACUUUUGGACGAGAUGGAUAUCAACGAUCAAGAUUUUGGUGAAGCCGAUGAAGAUGAUCAAGAUUAUGAAGACGAUGAAGAUUAUGAUGAUGAUGAUGAAGAUGAUGAAAUGAUGGAAUAA